AUGUUGACUGUAUUCCUCGAGAUCGAAAUGGAAGGGGCCGUUUUGGGAUGGCUUACCGUUGAGUUGUAUGACGAGAUAUUUCCGACCGCUGCAGCUCAUUUCAACGCGUUGUGCGAUGCAAGUCCUUUUGUGACAAAGUCUGGAAGGGAGUUAUCGUACAAAGAUAGUCAGAUUUUCCGGAUCAUCCCAGGGUUUAUGGUUCAAGGCGGCGACAUUAUAAGUAAUGACGGGAUGAGUGCGACUACAAUUGAGGAUGGCCAGGAGUGUUUCACGGAGCGCGGCGUUUGCAGGGAUGCGCUGCAACUACUUAGUCACGACCGGCGAGGGCUGCUGUGUACUGCGACCAAAGGAACGUUGGACACGAACAACUCGCAGUUUUACAUAACCUUGGGGCCGUGUCCGUGGCAGGACGGUCGCGACAUAAUCUUCGGUUCCGUGGUAAGCGGUUACCACAUACUUGCGAACCUGGAGUGUCUUGGAACUCCGUCUGGGGCUAUCCAGAACGACCAGUACAUCACCAUUUCGAACUGCGGCAAUCUGACGCUGAAGCAGCAGAUAGAGCCUGAAGUGACAGUGGGGAGGUCCAUCGGCGGCGCAGGGCCAAGCCGGAAAAUCCUGCCUCUGAGACAGGUGGUCAGACGGUUCAUCAACGAAGCGAAAGAGAGAACGGAACGCGAAAAGCUGCAGUCUCUGACAGACCCCGAGUCGGACGCCAUCCGGGGCAGCGAACACGACAGCCCACAGAGGUCAGACCCCGCGACCGGAGGCAAAGACACCGAUCGCAAUGCCAGAAACGGGGACCACGCACGCGCCUCCAGUCGCCCCGCACCCGACACGAGGAGUGCCAACCACACGUCGUACCCCGACCGCACCGACGGCAGCGUGCCCAACCCGCUCGUCUGCCAACCUCAAGACUUGAUGAAGGAAGUCAAGGCCUACUGCAAAAGCAGCCGAGGACUGAGACCCACCUUCACAGACACUUAA